AUGAGAAAAAGUGUAGAAUUAGAGAUGAACAAACCCUUAAAAUAUCCAUCUAAUGAUGUUUCUGUUUGUUGGCCCUCCUUUUAAACUUCCAAUUUCAGCUCUAUUCCAAUUAGUAAAGACCCUUAAAUCAAUACUCAGAUGUAGCUUAGUAAAUUUAGUGAUUCUGGAAGUGAAAACAAUCAAGUUCCAAAAAAUUUAGAGACUCUAUGUUCCUAUUAAAAUCAACGUAUAUUAGAUAAACAAAAAUCUCUUCUCUUUUCAUGUGAAAUGUUUUUGUAUACAAAAAUUAUUUCAUUCAACUUAAUGAACAUUUCACUCCUUUUUUUAACUUUCUAUUUACCUUACUAUUAUUUUCAGAACUAUGAGUAAUUAAUUUAUAAUAAUUUUAAGAAAAUCAGAUCCAAUAUAUUUUCCAGUUCUUUUAUUUUUAAUGAUAUCAGAAUUAUACACUUAAUUUAUCAAAUUUCUAAACUAAUUUUUCAAAGAAAAUCACUUCUCAAUAUCAUUAUUAAAUAUUACAAUCUUAUUAAUUUAUACACUUUGCAUUAUAACAAACAACAUUAUAGUAUUUACUAUUUUAUACUAUUUGUUGUUCUUAAGAAAUUUAAAAUUUAUUUAAAAAUUGCUAAGUUUAAUCAUAUUUAUUAAUUAUUAGUAACACAUAUAUUUUAUAUAUUAGAUAAAUAAUAAUUACUAAAAUGAUCAUAAUAUUAUUAUUCUAAAUACAUUACUUUACUUGCAUAUGGGGAAUAGAAUUAAAAUAAAGUAAUUAAGAAGAUUUAAUAUAUAACGAAUAAUUUUAUAAAUCAUUUCUAAUGUUUUUUUUUUAAUUUGAUCAAUUAGAUAAUUAAUAAAAUCACUUAAUAAUACUUACACAUUUAUUUAGUAACAUUAUAAUAGUUAUUUUCUUAUUUAAAAUAUUUACAUAAUAUUAAUCACAAUUAUCAAAACAUGAAAUUAAUUUAAAAACAUAUUAAUUAUUCUUAAAAUCAGAUAUGAUAUAAUUUAAAGUUAAGUUUAUUUUGUUUCAUUAUUCAACACUAUUUUUAUUAAUAGAAAAUGAAUUAAGUACAAGAUAGAAGAUAAAAAAGUAGAAUAUAUUAUAAUAUAUAAAAAUGAAGUUAAUUAAUUAGGAACUAAGAUAGUUUAACUUUCUAUCUAAAAAAGUCAUAAAUGAAAUCAGUAUGAAGGGAUUAUUUGAACUAAGUUUGAAAUAAUAAGUAAUUUAAAUUAUAAAUUUAAGAAUUUUUAAGCAGAAAUUAAUGGAAUAUAUAUCAUACUUAAUGGAAGAGUCAAUCUAGAAUUUAUGGGAUUGAAAUUAUAAAUUGAUAAUAGGAAGAUUAUUAACAUAUGUUUAAUUGAAAUGAUGAAUAUUUAAUAAUAAUAGAGAAAAUUAAGAUUAGAACCAUUUGAUAUAAAUGACAUAUUAUACUUUUACAUAAAUUAGGAUUAAUUUCAGAAUUGUUUACAAAAAGAGACUGAAAUAGUAAUUAAUAUAUUAUAAUGUUUAGGAAAAGUAUUAGAUGAUAAAGGAUGAUAUUAAUUUCAACAAUAAUACAGAGUUAUUGAAUAUAUAAUGUUAUUUUUGCAAUCUAUAUCAUCCAACAUUUAAUUGUUGUUGUUUAAAUAUUAAAAGAAGAUUCACUUAUGAUAAGACUUGUUAAGAGAGAGAUUCUAUGUUUAAGAGAAAAAAGAACAAUAGAAUUAAAGCAGGUAUUUAUUAAUAAGUAAUUGAUCAUUGAAAUUUAGAUUACAAAUUAAGGAACUAGUAACAUUGAUAUUAAUGAUAUUAGUUCAAAUAGUUUUGAAGCCUUUUCUGAUUAUUCUAGUGAUAAAGUGAAUAUGUCUAAUUAGCAAUUAUAAUUUGAUUAGAUUGGUAGACAGAGUUCUAUUAGUUAAAUAUAUAAAGAUAUACUAUAAAUUGAUUUGAUAUCUGACAAGAUUAGUGAUCCUAUUAUAAGUAGUACUUUGAUUAAACAUUUACAAGUGCCAGAUACAGUGAUCAAUUAAACAAACAUUUAGGAUUAAGAUUCUAUUCUUGAUAUUGAUAAAAUUUGGGAAUAUCAACAUUAUAAAGUUGCUUAUAAUAUCAAUAAUGUAUUAAAUGUAUUAAAUAAACAGAAAUUGUGA